AAUGGGAGUCAGAUUCCAGCCGGAAAGAGACGCUGUUCGUUGUCGAGUUCAACACAACGAAACAACUCUUUGACUUUUAAUUACAUGAUUGUGGGUGAAUGUUUUAUGAGCGGGUUUGUUGUUUUUUUUUACUCUGAGAUAAGUUUGAGUGCAGCAGAGGAGCGACAUGGACAGCGGCUGUGAGGGAAUGUCUCAGCUCGUGCAGGGGCUGAGUGGUCCUGCGUCAUUCAGACAACUCCUCCGGGCGGCUGGGUCAGGAGGCGGCCGUGAUUGUGCAAAGAGAGACCCUAGCAAAGAAAGGAAGGUAAAAGGGCAACAAAGAGGAACCAUCUGUGGUUGGUUGACAGACGGCUCCUUGAUCCUGCGAUGCCAGAAGAAGCUAAUGAGGACGCCAUGAGAACGCCAGCGACCCCAGAGAAGGCCAACAACAACACGCCUCCCUUAGCCACCACUGUGAACAUCCCCCUGGUCAAUGAAGUCCAACUGACCGCAGCCACCGGCGGGGCCGAGCUGUCCUGCUACCGUUGCACCGUCCCCUUCGGCGUGGUGGUGCUCAUCGCCGGCAUCGUGGUCACCGCCGUGGCGUACAGCUUCAACUCCCAUGGAUCCACCAUCUCCUACUUCGGCCUGGUGCUGCUUUCGGCCGGGCUGGUGCUCUUAGCGUCCAGCAUCGUCUGCUGGAAGGUGAGACUGGAGAGGAAGAAGGAAAGGCGACGGGAGAGUCAGACCGCUCUGGUUGCAAACCAGAGAAGUAUUUUCACUUGAACUUGAACACAUAUUCUGGUUCUCCGAAGCCUCUUAAGAGUUGCACUGACAGAUGUUGUCCAGUACGUGUUGGACGCAGACUCUCUCAGAAACUUUAAAGCUUUGAACACAUUGUAUGGGAUUUAUUUGUCAAGCAGACACGGAGCAUCUGGCGAGCCGGGAACGCUGCCAGCAGGAAUGGAUCACAAUUAAGAUGAAUUACCACUGUGCGGAGCGAUGUAGAGGAAGUCUCCCAUUAAUCUGCUGUGGGAUGUGGCGGCUUUGAUUGUAACGGGGAGGGAUUGUGGUUUUUGUCGAAAGGCCCGGGAGAGGAGAGAGGAAACUGGAAAAUCCACGACAAUGAUUCAUGCCUCAUUUAGGACACUUCAGCCUGGACACAUGUGUUUAUGAAUCUCACGGGGAAUGAUUAGGAGCUCUAGAAGUUUGGUACUCAAUAAUAAAAAGCUGCCAUUAUAUUCACAUGAUAUUAGAGAGUAUUUAACCUUAAACAUAUAUUCUCUUAAAGCACUUUGAUUAUCAUAAUCAUCAUAUUCAGUCUAUUAACUAAUUAGGUAACUCAUGCAUCCAGAUUUUUGGCAACAUUAAAAUGAAUAUUGUGUACUUCCAUACUGUAAAGAACUGUUUAAAUGUAGCAUAUGUUUGUUUUCAGUGUAAUCUUUUGCAUGUAUUACCAGGACGUCAUGAGCUUUAAUAAACUCAUUGAUACUCAGACAAUAAGGGAUUAUUGCUGCAGCAUUUUGUGAGUGAGACUCAUUCAGAAGCUUAUUUUACAAUUUGUUGAACUGUUCUUUAAAAAAAACCCAUAAUGGCUGUAACAUAAUGUUUUUAACAUAACCCCAUAAAUAAACAUGUUUUUUAGGAUAUUAAGAUGUACAUAUGAGUGUCUCCAUGGGAUUAUGAAUCCAUCAGGCUGGUAAUAUGGAUGAGUUGACGUCAGAGUUUGUAUUUCUUAAAGACAGUUUAUGUGUCGAAGGAGCGAUGAGUUAUUAUAUUAACACUCAGCCCUUUGCUUUCAGGGCUGAAUUGAAGGAAAUGUUUCAGUCUCAUGACGUGCUUGGGUGUGCCGGAGUCUUCACACACAAACACACAGUUUAUAAUUAAAAUAAUCAAACUGAAUGUGGUAAAAGCUGGAAAAAACUGUGUUGAAUUAUGGUAACGUCAUUACAUUGUGCAACUUAUUAAAAGGCCAGUUCACUCAAAUAACAACAAACAAAAUCUCGAUUAUUUGACGAGUCAUGGAAAUGUUGGCUUUUAUAGAAAUCCAUCUAAGAUUUCUGGAGGAAAUUGGAAUUUUGUAUGUGGUUUU